GGUGAAAAGGACGUCAUCUUCUCUUUCUCCCGUACGUCACAUGCCUUUUCCUGUCUACACCUCCAGUAGUCUCGCUUCCCUCAUCAUCACCAUCAUAUCACCACAACAACAACAACAACAACAACGACGAUUGGAGCAGAGACGGGAGGGAAGAGACACACAGUACAUACACACACAGACACAGUACACACACACAGAGGAGGGAUGCGCAUUCAUCAGUGGGAACAUGGACAUGAUUGAUAUGUAACAAUACAUACAUGCACACCUGUGCGCAUCAUCCCUCUGUCUGCACCGAGGGAGGCCGUAGGAGACGACGCUUCGUGCUGUUCCUAUAGCCGCUAUAGUAGCCCCGUCAGGCUCGAGUCCGAUUCUCACAUGUAGUAGCUAUGCAUAUAUGUACACGCCGGAUGAAUCUAUAUAACAACCUCUGCACCCUCCUCCUCCUCCUUGUCGGUUACAUUUCCUCGUUGUUAUUAUCCAUUCGACUCCGUGUGUGUCAAUUAAAUCACUGCUCCUCGUCGUUGAAGGGGUGAACGAGUGCGAUAUCGAAAGAGAGACACAGAUCCCUCCGACACCUCUCUGUCCCUCUCUCUCACGUCCAGUCUCGUGUGCCAGCCGCCAACCGCCAGCCAGCCAGC